AUGAAUGGUGCCGGCAGCCCGUAUGGCCAGUCCCCGGCGUGGCAGGAGCAUCGCACUCCUGACGGCCGAGCCUAUUACUAUAACGCGGCCACCAAGGUCACUCAAUGGACCAAGCCAGAGGAUAUGAUGACUCCGGCUGAGAGAGCUCUCGCCAACCAGCCUUGGAAGGAGUACACCGCGGAGGGCGGCCGCAAGUAUUGGUACAACACCGAGACCAAAACGAGCUCUUGGGAGAUGCCCGAUGUGUACAAGAAAGCUUUGGGUGCCACGAGCGGCCCGAGUACGCCUGCCGAUAGGCCUGCACCGUACGACCGAGGAGCUCCUUCUGACAGAUAUUCCAACGACCGUUACGAUUCCUACAGAGAUCAUCGAGAUACGUUCCACGAGUCGCGCCAGUUGACAUUUGGCAACGACUCGACAGCCAAAGCGUUUGUUCCCGCGAGCAAUGAGCCCGAGUUUGCCACGCAAGAAGAGGCCGAGGCUGCGUUCAAUAAGUUGCUCAAGCGCAGCGGCGUGCAGCCCGACUGGACCUGGGAACAGGCACUACGAACCAUUGCAAAAGACCCCCAGUACAGGGCGAUCAAGGACCCCAAGGACCGAAAAGCAGCGUUCGAGAAGUACUGCCAUGACAUGAUAGUCCAAGACAAGGAGCGCGCAAAGGAGAGACUGACCAAGCUGCGUACUGACUUCGAGACCAUGCUCAAGCGUCACCCAGAGAUCAAGCACUACACGAGGUGGAAGACGGCGCGGCCCAUGAUUGAAGGCGAGACCAUCUUCAGGUCUACCGACAACGAGACCGAGCGUCGCCAGCUUUUCGAGGAGUACAUUAUCGAGCUCAAGAAGGCCCACGUGGAGAAUCAGGCAGCUAUGCGCAAGACCGCUAUGGACGGUCUGAUCGACCUCCUGCCGAAGCUCAACCUUGAGCCCUACACGCGCUGGUCUGACGCGCAGGGCCUCAUUUCGUCCACGGCGCCCUUCCAGAACGAUGAGAAGUACAAGACCCUGAGCAAGUUUGACAUUCUGAUUGCGUUCCAAAACCACAUGAAGGCGUUGGAGCGUGCGUUCAACGACUCUAAGCAGGAGCAGAAGAACAAAAAGUUCCGCAAAGAGCGCAAGGCCCGUGACGGCUUCAUCUCCCUCCUUGCCGAGCUUAGGAAAGACGGCAAGAUCAACGCCAGCACGAAGUGGCGUCAGAUUCAUCCCCUCAUCGAGAAUGACGAUCGGUACAAGGCCAUGCUCGGCCAGGGCGGCUCGGGUCCACAAGAACUGUUCUGGGAUCUCGUCGAAGAAGAGGAGAAAGCGAUGCGCGGCGCUAGAAACGAUGUCUACGAUGUUAUUGACGACGAGCGAUUCGAUAUUACCCCCCAGACCACGUUUGAGGAGUUCUAUGCCGUGAUGAAGAAGAGUCGUCGCACUGCUAACAUUGAUCGCGAUAUUCUCUUGGUUCUCUUUGAACGCGCCAAGGAGAAAAGGUCUUUGAAGAGAUCGGACGACGAGAGACAAUCCGAACGUCAGCAGCGAAGAGCAGCUGAUGAUCUCCGAGCGUACUUGAAGCGUAUGGAUCCCCCCAUCACCCCGGAUGACACGUACGAGAAGGUCAAGGUUCGCCUUACGGAUGCACCCGCAUUCCAGGCCGUCACUUCAGAGGAUGUUCGCAUCGCCACCUUUGAUAGAUACGUGAGAAGACUUCGCGAGAAGGAGGAAGAGGCCGACCGUGACCGUCGGCGUAGACGUGGUCGCGACUCUAGCGAACGCGACCCAUACCGCGAGAGACCCCGGUCUAGAGGUGAGCGAUCUCAUCGCAGCAGUGGCCGUGCUACCAGGCGAAGUCGUAGUCCGGAGCCAGACGCCUACGAGGCGGACAGACGCAAAGCCAUCGCUGAGCGCGAACGGAACCACCGUAAAUCGACCAUGGCCGAGAGCCUUCUCUCCGUGGACCGGGAACGUCGCCCGUCACCUCCCCCGCGCCGUGAGAGAGAGCGUGAGCGCGACAGAGACCGCGAGCGCGAUCGCGAGCGCGAUCGCGACUAUGACCGUCAUCGCUCACGCCGCGACGAUGAUAGUCACUAUGACCGCGAGAGACGCGACAGGGAAGAAGAACGGGAGAGGCUGUAUCGACGCCGCAUGGGGUCCUAUGACGAGCUUCCUUAUGGGGAUGAGCGUCCGUCCGGAUCGCGACGCCGCCGGGAGGAAGACGAGGACGACCGACGUGAUUCCAGAGACUCAAAGAGAGUAAGGAGAGAGAAAACACCCCGUGAGCGCACCCCCCAACGUGAUAUAUCGCGUCACAAGAACAGGACUCCGCCGCCGGCCGCCGCGCCGACCACCGCUGCCGUUAAGGACAAAGAGACAACGACGGUCAAGGACGUCGCGAAAGAAAAGGAGAAGGAAAAGGAAGACCCCGCUGGUGUCCACUCGGGGUCCGAAGAGGGCGAAAUCGAAGAGGACUGA